GGCCGGCCGGCCUCACGGCAUUGCUUGCACAUACGCACAAUAUACUCUUCCGAUAAAAAGAGAGGGAAAUUUCAAUUUCCUGGUUUACCGUUGGGAAAAAGAAUUUAAAUGUGGGAAGUGGUCGGCGCGGCCUUUAGCUUGGCGCUCUGACCUGUCUUGUCAGCCAUGCUCGUUUCGGUUUUUGACGGUGUAGUUUGGGCCGCCCUGCCCGGGCCCUGCCCUCGACAAAGCGCCACACAUGGAGCGCGCACGUGCGCCUUUGGUGGCUCGGGACUACUCUGCCGAAAAUGAUGAAGCUUUUUGUGUGCGACGCGACGGACGCUCCGAAUCAAGUGGUGUGUGUCUGUGUGUGCUCACGUCACGCUCGCGCGGGGGAACCACCCCGAGCUGCUUCUGCUCCCCUCCAGCGCCGUACACCCCGAGCAGUGGAUUUGUGGCACGCGACGAGGCAGCCCUCCCCCUCCCCUUCCGCUCCACCCUUCCGCCCUCCCAGUAACGUGUGUAUAAUUAAGAGUAUAUCUGGCCCGGGUGCCUAGUCCUCCCCAACCCUCCUCGGUUAGUUGCUUAGAGACCAACCCUCGCCAACUCCCGUAGUGUAUCCGGUAUGGUACGAGCCUCGUCCCUUACCCCCCGCCUCAGGCAGCGGACCGUAUGACCAACCUGAUGGUGCCAUCAAACGCCCAUUAUUUGCUACCAUAUUUCCAAAGACCGUAGACGUUUUCGGGAUCCUAGCAAUUUUUUCCUAAAAAGCAAAUUCUAAUUGGAGUUUUACGUAUAUAUUUUGUGAGUGACAGUUCUUUAAUAGUUUAUUCCGAAAGAUCAGAAUUUCGGUUCCAAUAAGCAGCCCUGUGUAAACAAGCAGCCAGUUACUUCUGCUAUCAGCUGCCGGGCUGGACCGUCUUUUCCGGCAAAUUGUUUGAUUAUAUUUUAAAAUAUCAAUGAAGGGGUUUGACCAUGGCUCCUAAAAAGCGGUAUUGUGCAGCCAAGGGCUGCUCUACCUAUAAGGUGUCGGGUGAUGGUCAGAGCAUGUGUGGAUUUCCAUUGGAUGAGGCAAGGUAAGACCAUAUAAACCUUUCACAUUUUAUGUUAGCAUUAUUCAAUGACAUUCCUCUUUCUAAUUUAGACAAAAGCUGUGGGGACAAGCUUCUGGUAAUGUUGAUUUGUUAGGCCUAACCCGUCUACAAAUUCAUCAGAACUUUCAGCUCUGUCCUCGACACUUUGAGCCUCACAUGUUCUGGGAUAAAUUCCGCACAAAAUUAAGACCAGGGUUUGCUGUGCCCACUAUUUUUGAUCACCCUCCCCUCACGGAUGAGCAGAUGUUGCGGUUUGGUGUGCCAGGCAAUGUCUUCUUCUUCAAUGGAGAGGUCUCAAUGGAAGUUGAUGUUGCUGAUGUGGUUGAUGUUGAUGAGCCUCCCCCUCUGCAGUCCUCUGUCCCUGAACAGCCUGUCACUCCAGGAAGGAAGAGGUCCAGAGCAGAGCUGGAGGAGUCUCCAAUAAAGAUAGAGGAUAUGAAGAGCGACUCCAAAAAUCCACAUCUGGACAUUCCGCCUCCAGCAACUCCCAGACGUUCCUUGGAAUUACUUGGUGCCAGGGAAAGAGAUGGAUCUAGGAGGAUGUCCAGAGCUAAAAUUGCAGCAUUGUCUGGAGUGAACCAGCUUAGCCCCAAAUGUAGUCGCAUUGCUAAGACUGCUCUGGAAUACAGGCAAAUGGCAAUAACUUUCCGCACAAAGCUGACAAUUGCCCAGCGCUCUAAGAAAAAUCUAAAGAAGAUACUGAAGAGGAAAUUCCUUGACAUGGUUGAGGAAAUCGCUCUGUCUCCAGCAGCCAAGGUAAUUGUCAAGGGUGAAAUGAAAAACUUGAAGAAAAAGUCCAAAGGUCAUCGCUGGACACUGAAAGACAAAUUACUUUGGGUUGCUGUAUACAAGCGCAGCCCAGCUGUGUACCGGUUCUUGCGCUUGCACCUGUGUCUUCCUAGUGUGUCUACAUUGAAACUUCUUUUAAAAGAAGUAGACUUACAGCCUGGCAUAUCAGAGCCUUUUAUGAAGUUAUUAAGAAAGAAGGUACAAGCCAUGAAGGAGAAUGACAAACAUGUUGUACUUCUCUUUGAUGAAAUAUUUCUCAGAGGACGUCUUUUUCUUAAUUCUUCUAAAGACAUUGUAGAUGGCUUUGAGAAUUUUGGGCAACGUGGAAGAACUAAUCUUGUGGCUGACCAUGCCUUAGUAUUCAUGGUACAGGGAAUUCACAGCAAGUGGACCCAGCCUGUGGCUUUUUAUUUUGUAAGCAAAACAUGUCCCUCCACAAUGCUCAAGUUGCUUAUUCAAGAUGUGGUAAGAGCUGUCACUUCUGUAGGCCUGAAUGUCUUGGGUACUGUUUCUGACCAGGGUCCCACCAAUAGGGGUGCUAUUUCUGAGUUGCGGAGGGAAUGUGGUGACUCCAUUAUGUACAAAAUUGAUGGCAAGUUUCUAAUUCAUUUAUGGGAUGUUCCACAUAUUCUCAAAAACAUUCGCAAUAAUUUGCUUACUAGCAAUUUGGAAUUUGGACCAGGAAAACUUGCCAGGUGGCGCCAUUUGAUUAAUUUUUUUCACCUUGAUGAGUCUUUGUGCAGCAUGUCUAGUCUCACAUUGAAGCAUUUGAACCAUCAAGGUAGGGACAAAAUGAGAGUUUCUCUUGCUGCUCAAGUGCUAAGUGCCUCAGUCUCAAAGUUCAUGCAUGCUCUGUACAAGUGUAGUGAUGGCAACAAAUUAUCAGAUUGCAUGGACUUUGCAGACUUGUGCCAUGAUGUGGACUUUUAUUUUGAUAUAUGUAAUGGUCCAAGAGGGUCCAAACAUACAGAGAAGGAGAAACCCCAUCAGCGAGCCAAUGUAACUCCUGAUUCGUUUCAUCAUGCUGAGUGGGAGAAAAUGUAUUCGAGCCUCCAGAAAUGGACCUUUAUCCGCAAAACUGUUGAUAGGACCAGGCAUGUUCCAUUUUGCGUUAUUGGCUGGAUGGAGAAUUUGAAGUCUUACAAAAUUUUAUGCAAGAAGGUUUUUAAUGGCUCCAAGCCUCUACUCAAGGUCCUCAAACUCCGAAACCUAAACCAAGAUGCUGUAGAGAAUUUUUUCUGCCUGGUGCGCCAGUGCUGUGGCAGUUCAUCAGACCUUACUUGCAGCCAAUUUAUAGGUGCUGUGAAGACUUGCCUCAUCAGUCGGUUUUCCAAACUGGUAACUUCCCAAAAAAACUGCCUUGAAGAUGGGUCGUAUUUUAUAAGUGAUCUGAGUGAAUGUCUGGUACAAAAAGGGAUUGAUUCUGGUAUACCCAUGCCUCCCACUGAAGAUUCCUUGGUCCGGGGUGAUACUCCUGCCAACUUUGGCCGUCGUGUCCGGUCGGCGGUCAACAAUCCUGUUCACCGUCAAGGCCCCACUCGGCUAUGGUCGUCGAUACUCCCUUCAAUCUCUUCCUCCAUCAAAUGUGACUCUUGCCUAGCCCUCCUCACUACACCAAACAGAAGCAGGGACACCUUAUUUUGCAAUUUGACCACUGCAUUCGAAUUGUAUCCGUCUCAAAAACUUGUCUCUCUUUUUGUCAAUAUUCAAAACAUUUUUGAAAAUUGUUGGAAGAAAUUGUUGAAUCAACAAUCUGUUCAAGCUUCUGUGAAAGAAUUUUGUGGCAAGUCUGUCAAUUGGAGCUCUGUCUUCUGUGAUGACCAUCAAAAUCCUAUUUGCUGGGAUCAUAUUUUAAACCAAGUAGUCAACCAACUUAUUACAUUGAAAUGUAGAAGCUGUAACCAGCAAAUAAGGGAUGGUGUCAGUAGACGCACCAGACAAGCUCUGAGCUUUAAAAAUAACCAUGGCCUUUAUCCAUAUGAGGAAGAGUCAGAAUUGUGCCCACAUGACCUCCAGCUGCUAAUUGGUGCACCAAACCAAGGUCAUUCAGCAUUCCGCUUUUUAAAUUUCUCAUUUUGGGUGGAAAUAUUCGGUCUAUUGGUUAAUUUUCAGUCUUCAUUAAUUUGGUUGCUAGUGUUAUAUGUUAUAUGUGAUGUAGGUGAACAGCUCUCAUCUAACAUGUUGCUCUGUCAUGUGGUGUAAGGUUUUUUAAAUGUCCUACUUGUCCUGCAGGUUUUUCUACCAUGUCUCACCACUAAUUGUCACAGUUCCUAUUAAUCACUGUUUCAGUUUUCAGCUUUGGAGUUUCAUUUCAUAUUCAUAAUUCUCUCCCAUGUCUCUUUGUUUUAGUUCAGAUAUGGGAUAUGCUGAAUGCUAUUUAUGUCGGAGAUCAUCUGGAUUUGGACUGCAUCGUGGGAACUCAACAUUCAUCAUAUUUUCAUAUAAGUCUUAAUGUUAUUUGUCCUUUGCAUGAAUAGUAGAAUUUACGUCUGCAUGUCAUCUUGCCUCUGAGGCCAUAUUUUGGAUUUGAUUUGGAUUAGUGGGUCAUCUUUAUUGUUAGUGUAGUAUAUAUUUAUGUCACUGAAGUAGAUACAGUCUAGAAAACUGAAAGCUUUCCUGAAGUCUGCUUUUUGAUUUCAGAUCCUGUCCCAACUACUGCUGUACCAUCAACUCCAACUGGGAAGCAAAUUCAAACAAAGAUGUCCACAUCUGUACCCAGAGCUUCACCUGGUUUCCGUACCCCUAGACAGGAGACAACUGUGAAUCUGGGGACAGCUUGGCAGGACCUAGAAACACCAAAAAAUAGCAUGACUAAAUCAAGACAGGAGAUGCCUACACUUGGGCCCCUUACCCCUAGACAGGAGGCAAGAGAGAAGGUGAGGGCAGCAUGGCAGCUGCCAGCUACACCAACAACCAGUAGGACUGGCCCAGUGACACCACAAAAAAUAAUG